AUGAAUAAGUUGAUAAGAUGCAAUUCCUUUGCAGGAACUUUUGCAUUGAGUUCGCUACAUAGGAGCCAAGUGCAUAAGAUACCAUAUUUAUUUAACAGGGCACUUCUUCAACCACAUCAAGCCCAUUUAUUCGUAAGAAACUUUACGAAUAAUAAAGUAUUACUCAAUAGAAUAGACAAGCACUAUACCUCUGGGAGUAAGUUAGCGAGAGCUGCUUUGUAUAAUCCCUUCGAUGACAGCUCAUCAGACAGAUAUUCAAACUUGAAUAGAUUUCAACAAUUUCAACAUUCCAACAAUCAAAAGAAGAACACCUUAAGUUCGCUUACCAUAAUUGGUCUAACUACAAUGACAGCAAUAUAUUUCGGUUCUGACUAUUUGUUUGAUCAUAUUCCGCCUUUUACUUAUCUGAAAAGAAAACCAAGAACUCUAGUAUAUAUAUUAUUAGGUAUUAAUACUGCUAUAUUUGGCCUCUGGCAAUUACCGAGGUGCUGGAGAUUUCUACAGAAGUAUAUGCUACUACAAAAAGACCAUAUUCAAUCAAAAUGGUCGAUAGUUGGAAGCGCAUUUUCACAUCAGGAAUUUUGGCAUUUGGGUUUCAAUAUGCUUGCUCUGUGGUCUUUUGGUACAUCUCUUGCAUCGAUGCUGGGAACUUCCAAUUUUUUCUCGUUAUACAUGAACAGUGCAAUAGCUGGAUCAUUAUUUUCGCUAUGGUAUCCAAAGAUUGCAAGAAUGUCUUUAAUGGGGCCUAGUCUUGGUGCAAGUGGGGCCUUAUUUGGUGUCAUGGGAUGCUUUUCGUAUUUGAUUCCCAAUGCCAAGAUUCUUUUAUUUGUAUUUCCUAUUCCCGGUGGUGCUUGGGUAGCAUUCUUGGGAACUUUAGCUUGGAAUACGGCUGGCUGUGUAUUACGUUGGGGAUCAUUUGAUUAUGCUGCACACUUGGGCGGAUCUCUAAUUGGUGUCAUAUAUGGUUGGUGCAUAAAGAAGGAAAUCGAAAAGAGAAGACAAAGACGCAAAAGAUCUUUGAAAUGGUUUUGA